AUGCAAGACAGCUUCAUCGCUAGAAUUAAAUGGCAUACCCAAUCGUCACUGUGUUUGCCGUCAUCUGAGCCAUCAGGCUCGGGAGAUGGCGGGAAACCUGUGCAAAUAUUCACGCGCAUGAGGGAGAAAACCAGGGAAUGGCACAAGCUGAGAAGGGCUGGGGGUAAAGUUCAGAAUCUACGAGCACAAUAUCUCGCUGAACAAGCCAAAAUCCAAGGUACGGUGUCGCCUCCGAUCACCAUAUUACGUCCCGCCAUGGAACUGCAACGGCUUCCACCUGUACCAGCGGAGCUACCAGGUGACAACACAGAUAUAUAUUCCCGGGAGAGACUUGAGCGAAGUCAGUCAGCGCACCAGCAUGAAGCCCCUGGUUCUCGUCCAGUUCCCGUCACUGAUGACUCUCAUCCACCCGGGGAGAGCGGCAAAUUCAUUCUUGUUUCUGACCCUGUGCUCGAUAAUGCGAAGGGCUCUGGUCACCAACACAGAGACACGCCUCAUGCACAGAGAAAUGGAGCUGUUGAAUAUGAGCGGGAUCUCAAGAUACUAUUGGAUGAAUCUUGUGUUCCUCAGCCUCUGAUAGGUCCAAGUCAUGUCGUCCAAGAUGAUAUUAAAAUUCUUCGUCUCGAGACACGCAUACAGACGAUCCGGAGAAAUUGCGAACAGCUAACGGAAAUCAGAACGGAGCUAGAGCAGCAAAUACUCGUAGCGAAAGAGUUUGCCUUCAAGCUGUACUGCCAAACACAUGAAUGGGAGUGCUGGAGUCCAAUUCUACAAGAUCCUGUUCCCCUGCUGCAGGUAUUAAAGGGACUUCAGACGACCAUGCUGUGGCUGCAAGCCCGCAUUCAGUGGUAUGAGAGAAAGCACCCUGGGCUUCGUGAGCAGUACAACACGCAUACGGGAUUUCAGAACAAGACUUCUGAUGUAAAUAUUUCUUUUAAAAUAGAUUGUGGUCAUGGGAUGCCAUUCGGUCCAUCAAACGAGACUGUAAGGAUCCACCCCAUAUCGCAACAUCACGAAACGUCGCAUAACGUUAGAAACAGCUCGUCCAACGCCGAUUGCGGUAUACUUAUCAAGAAGAACAUUCGCGACGAUCAAAUAAGCUACGCCAACUCAUAUCUAAUUUGCUCCGUCUUUAUCGUCGCUGUUGCACCUGUCAGAACUGAACAACCUCAAUCUUCUACCCUAAUGGCACAAUAUGGCGUCAUUCUUGACGCUGGUUCCUCAGGAACUCGAGUAUACAUCUACAAGUGGAAGAAUCACGCCAAAGCUGCCAAAGAUGCGUCGACUGCCGAGCUCAAGUCUCUCCCCAAGAUCAAGCUCAAGGAAAACAAGAAGAUCCAUCCUGGAGUUUCGAGUUUUGCAGAGAAGCCUGCGCAAAUCGGUCCCGAUCAUCUGCAGCAGCUGAUCGAUAUCGCUCUCGACGAAGUCCCCGACAGCAAGAUUUCCGAGACCCCCGUUUACCUCAUGGCAACUGCCGGCAUGCGAUUGCUACCAAAGCCUCAGCAGUCGGCACUCCUCAAAUCAAUGUGCACAUACUUGCAGUCGAAUACGAAUUUCAUUCUUCCGGAUUGCGAUGCCCAUAUUCAGGUUAUCUCUGGCGAAACCGAGGGUCUGUACGGCUGGAUAGCGGCGAAUUAUUUGCUGGGCGGCUUCGAUCACCCUGAGGAGCACGACCAUGGCAAGAAUCAUCACACCUACGGCUUCCUCGAUAUGGGUGGCGCAUCUGCUCAGAUUGCCUUUGCUCCAAAUGCAACUGAAUCCGCAAAGCAUGCGGAUGAUUUGAAGAUGGUGCGCAUGCGAACACUCGACGGAUCACCAUCCGAAUACAAAGUGUUCACUGCAACUUGGCUCGGAUUUGGUGCCAAUCAGGCCCGCAGCCGUUAUGUCGAACGUCUACAAGAACACUACAACACUGACUCUACCCACGAGCUGCCUGAUCCCUGUAUGCCUAAUGGCUUGCGAACUACUCUAGACGGUGAACUUGUUGAAUCAAAGUCGGAUAAGACGGUUUUGAUUGGUACAGGAAAGUUCGACGAAUGUUUGACGGUGACCUAUCCUCUACUGGGCAAAGACAAGCCAUGCGAAGACCAGCCCUGCCUUGUCAACGGCCAGCAUGUACCCGGCAUCGACUUCGACAUCAAUCAUUUCGUUGGUGUUUCGGAAUACUGGCAUACAACUCAUGGUGUCUUUGGCGGAAAACACAAGGCUUACGAUCUGGCGACAUAUCAGAACAAUGUCAUGGAAUUCUGCAGUCGCGAUUGGUCGGACAUUGAGGGUGAUCUUGAUAAACGCAAGAAAUCACCAGAAAAGAAGGCAGCCGAGGCCCGUUUGGCUUGUUUCAAGGCCUCAUGGCUGAUUAAUAUGCUCUACGACGGAAUUGGCAUCCCUCGUGUUGGUCUCGAAGGUGGUGCAGCCAACGACACCAUUAAGGAUGAUGGUGAGAAGUCAUUUAAUGACCCUUUCCGGCCGGUGGACACAAUCGAUGGCAUCGAAUUAAGCUGGACUUUGGGUAAAAUGGUCCUAUACGCCGCCGGACAAGUUCCUCCAUCCGGUUCCGAGCUGCCUGUCGGCUUUGGAAGCAAUGUGGAUAAGGGGAUAGCGAAGGACUUUGAGCACGCCGGUUCUUCACCUAUCGCUCCCCACACAGGGGACGAGGACGAUGAUGAUGACCUGGAAGAUCUUCUGAAGAAGCCUGGAAAGUCAACCGGUGGACUCGUCGCAUUUGUUCUGAUAAUUCUGUUGGCCGCCUAUUUGCUCCGCAAGCCUGAGCGAAGAAGAAAGAUAUUCAGCAUGGUUAGCCGGCGAAAGCGAUCAGGGAAACCAGGCCGCGGCUCCUCUCUUGUCCACAAGCUCUUCGGACGAAACUCGGGGCCAUCUUAUGAGAGAGUGUUGGAGGAGGGUGACUUCUCUGAUUUUGAGUUGGGCGAUGUUGAUUCGGAUGAACACGAUCAUUCGGACAGCAGUAGUAAUGGCUCGCGAAAGGGACGAACAUCGGGUCUAGCAACACCUAGUAUCUCUGCAGGCCGCGCGGACGAACUCACUCGCCCUCCGUCAGCAAUGGAUCGUGCCGGGCUUGUAGUGCGGACUGAAAGUCGAGAACGGCUAUCGCCCUCACUGUUGAGUGCUGGCCGAAAAAGCCGCAACGGCAGCCCAACUCGUGCGAAGAGUCCAUUCAUGUCGCCUGUACGGGAAGAUUGAGCGCUUCAAUAUGAUUCAUGGGGACGUAUUAAUGCGAAAUUUAUAUAUAUCUGGUAUUUUUUGGGGGUCAACAUCACGGCGUCGGGGGAGUUUGUGGGAACUGGAGGAGCAUUAAAGACAUGGCGUUCAAAAGAACGCAUAUACCAUAAAACAGAGUCGUGGCAGUUGUUGAUCUGUUGGUUGAGUUUGGCGACGAAAUUGGAGUCUCUCUUGGAUAUCACACUACGUUAUUUGUUUGGAGCUUCUGGGAGUGUUUCACAACGAUGUUUCUCGGUAGGGGCGUCCGCUCAGUUGUGCGAAUUGGUAUU